AUGAAAGGACUUGCCGACAGCUCUGAGAGGGAAAUGGUUGCUGAGUUUUUGGGAGAGAUUGGCCCAAGAGCAUGGGCGACUCCAGACGGCUCCAUGAGCAAAUUAACAGUGAAAUACCUCGGUCCAAGUGGUGAGAUUGUGGCAAAUCUAGGCGCUGGUGUAAGGGACGAUGCAGUGUAUAGGACAGGUAGCUUGGGCAUCAGCGUGAGCUUAGGCACUGCUGGCAUCGCUUAUUUUGGUCUACGUGCCAGUGGUAGCAGUUUGUAG